AUGAAGUCAGCUUUCACUCUUACCUUUCUUGCUUCUCAAGUCAAUGGAAAUGGACUCCGAGGACUCCAAUACUGCCCGCCUCCUGGAACUGGAAUCACUUGUCCGGGCAACAUCCAUACUGUUGCCUGUGGAGAUGGCUACAGAUGCAAGUAUGAUAAUGAGUGCUUUGCCAAUGCUGCUGGGUUUGUCAACUGUCUACCUGUGGAGGAUUUUUGCCCGCUUCCUGGACCCGGCGUCACUUGUCCGGGGAACAUCAACACUGUAGGUUGCGGAAAAGGUUACAAAUGCAAGUAUGAUAAUGAGUGCUUUGCCAAUGCUGCUGGAUUUGUCAACUGCCUACCUGUGGAUGAUUCUUGUCCUACUCCUGGAACUGGAAUGAGCUGCCCCCUGAACAAAGACAUGGUCAUUUGCAACCAAAAGUGCCAAUACGGCAACAUGUGCCUUGCAAAUGCUGCUGGCUUUGCCUUUGCCUCUUGCACCCAUCUACCACCACCCUGCAACCCCACCACUUCUUCAAACUGUCCUCCCAUUCAGCCACCCCCAGUCACAAAUCCCCCUGUACCACCGUGCAACCCAACCACAGGCGCAAACUGCUGA